AUGCCAAGAGAUAUACAGAACCAUCUCUUGUUCGAAAUUGCCACGGAAGUGGCCAACCGUGUGGGGGGUAUUUACUCGGUUUUGAAAUCCAAAGCUCCCAUCACAUGCUCGAGAUAUCGCGACAAUUAUACGUUGUUGGGACCUCUAAACCGUGCAACUUACCAAACGGAAGUGGAACCAUUGGAUUGGACAGACCCAAACACGUUCGAGUCACGUGGCGUGCACACGCCCGAAGUACGUAUCGCGUUAGAAAACAUGCAUAAAAGGGGCGUUUUUUUCGUGUAUGGACGUUGGCUAAUUGAGGGAGCGCCCCGGGUGAUUCUGUUCGAUUUGGAGUCUGUGCGGUGCUACUUGAACGAAUGGAAAGCGGAUCUGUGGGAUAUCGCCGGAAUUCCAUCUACCGAAAGUGAUGCAGAGACCAACGACGCUAUUUUGCUCGGCUAUUCGGUAGCUUGGUUUCUUGGGGAGCUAGCGCACUUAGACCAGCGCCAUGCUAUCGUCGCCCAUUUCCACGAAUGGCUUGCGGGCGUAGCCCUGCCCUUGUGUCGCAAGCGUCGCAUCGACGUUGUCACGAUUUUCACCACACAUGCUACGCUUUUGGGCCGGUAUUUAUGUGCCGGAAAUGUGGAUUUUUACAAUAAUCUUGACAAGUUUGACGUUGAUGCAGAGGCUGGCAAAAGAGGCAUUUACCACCGGUACUGUGUAGAACGUGCAGCGGCUCACACUGCUGAUGUUUUCACCACCGUGUCGCAGAUCACUGCGUAUGAAUCGGAGUUCUUGUUAAAACGGAAGCCAGACGGAAUCUUGCCCAACGGAAUCAACGUGGUCAAGUUCCAAGCGGUUCACGAAUUCCAGAACUUGCAUGCUUUGAAAAAGGAAAAGAUAGACGAUUUCGUCAGGGGACACUUUCAUGGCCAUUACGACUUCAAUCUUGACAACACACUUUAUUUCUUUAUUGCUGGAAGAUACGAGUAUAGAAACAAGGGUGCUGACAUGUUUAUCGAAGCGCUUGCUCGCUUGAAUUAUCGUCUCAAAAUGGCAAAUUCCAAAAUGACUGUAGUUGCCUUCAUUAUAAUGCCUGCCAAAAACAAAUCGUACACGGUGGAUGCUUUAAAAGGACAGGCGGUUGUAAAAUCUUUGGAGAAUACAGUUCACGAUGUUACAAACUUGAUUGGGAAACGAUUGUUUGAGUACGCCAUGCGUAACCCCAAUGGCGUUGGAACCGAAAUACCAACAGAAUUGGAUCAAUUGUUGAAACCAUCAGACAAAGUUCUUCUGAAAAGGAGAGUUCUUGCGCUCAGACGGCCAGAGGGAUCGUUGCCACCUGUUGUGACACACAACAUGGUUGAUGAUUCCAACGACCCAGUGCUUAACCAAGUCAGAAGAGUACAAUUGUUCAACCACGCUAAUGAUCGUGUGAAAGUUAUAUUCCAUCCUGAAUUUUUGAAUGCCAAUAAUCCAAUUUUAUCUCUCGACUACGACGAGUUCGUGCGGGGUUGCCAUUUGGGCGUUUUCCCUUCCUACUAUGAACCAUGGGGUUACACCCCAGCAGAAUGCACAGUGAUGGGGAUUCCUUCUGUGACCACCAACCUUUCUGGAUUUGGUGCAUACAUGGAAGAUUUAAUCGAGCAGGACCAAGCCAAGGAUUACGGUAUCUACAUCGUGGAUCGCCGGUUCAAGAGCGCCGACGAAUCUGUCGAGCAGCUUGUUGACUAUAUGGAGUCGUUCACGCAAAAGACCCGCAGACAGAGAAUCAAUCAAAGAAACAGAACUGAGAGAUUGUGCGAUUUGCUGGAUUGGAAGCGUAUGGGCUUGGAAUACGGCAAAGCCCGGCAGUUGGCGCUACGCAGGGCGUACCCAGAUCUUUUCAAAGCUGCCGUAGGUGAGGAGAUUAGUGACGCGAGCAUGAACUCGCUGGCCGGAGGUAAGAAAAUCAAAGUCUCGCGUCCUCUCAGCGUUCCAGGGUCUCCCCGCGACCCGCGUGCCGAAAGCAUUGGCAGCACGGUUCUCAUGACGCCCGGUGAUCUGGGCACACUGCAAGACGCCAACAAUGCCGACGACUAUUUCUAUCUCAGCAUGGGUGUAGAGGAUGAGGAAGAGGAAGAGGUUAAUUAUAUGGCUGCAGCGCAAUAA